AUGACUGCCAUGUUUGGUCAGUACGGUUCGCGCGGAUCCCUGGUGCUGGGAUUGAAGACGCACGACACCACGCAGAAGGAAGGCAGCUACAACCGCCUCCGUCGCGAAUGGUUCGUCAUGUACCUCUCAUCCGAGGCGCUGGAGCCCUCACACCAGGGCUGUCGGAACCUGGCGCCAGCGAGCGCCGAGAUGGCACAGGUGGUGAUGAGACCGGAGUUCUAUGACAAGAACAUCGAAAAGAUGAAUCUGUGGGUCUCCGUGAUUGGUGAGGCGGGUGGCGCCUUCGGCUUAGCGCAGACGGGCUUCUUUGGCUUGUACUUGCUUCUCUGGUACACGCAGUACGGCGCGAAGAAGCUGGAAGGCGAUUCUGUUUCAAGACCAUACGCGCAGCUCCUCCAAGCUAUCGUCCGCACGUCCACCUUCAUUGCGGAGUUUGUGGCGCAGCACACCGUUUUGGAAAUUGGGCAGGCUGAGGAGCUUUCCGAUUUCUGCGCUGACAGAAACCUGAACGUCGCAGACUUCGAACUUGCGCUCAUUGAGGCAUGCCAACAGCGGCAGUGGCAUCAGGAAUUGGGAGAGCACCAGAGGUCUCUUGCACUGCAGGUAUUCGCCGCAGGUGCUACACCCCGUCCUUCGCGCGUGCCGACGAUCGGAGACACCCGGCGGGCGUCUGGGAGCUGGGCGCCCUGGGACAGCUAA